UUCCUGGUGAGGUUACACGUAGCGUCUCUGCUGUUUUUAGAGAUUCAGAGAAGCGGUACAGCCGCAAACAACGGCUUUUUACAGCCUUUUUCGUGUUUCUACAUGUGUAGUUCGUUCGUGUUUAUAGAAAUGUCUCUUUACUUUGUCUAAAAUGAGAGGACAGUGUCGUGUCUCCGUGUGUUUGGCCUCAUUUAGGACAUCCGCUAAGUAGCCGAGCUAACGUUUGCUAACAGUAGAGUUAGCAGCUGCUGGACUUGUUUACAUUUUUUCCAAGAUGUAUACUUUAUUAUCUGGGUUGUACAAGUACAUGUUCCAAAAGGACGAGUACUGCGUUUUAAUCCUGGGUUUGGACAACGCAGGGAAAACGACCUUUCUGGAACAAACCAAAACUAAGUUCAGUAAGAACUACAAGGGGAUGAACUUAUCAAAGAUCACAACCACAGUGGGUUUGAACAUCGGGACGAUCGACGUGGGAAAGGCUCGUCUGAUGUUCUGGGAUCUGGGAGGUCAGGAUGAGCUCCAGUCUCUGUGGGACAAAUAUUACGCUGAGUCCCAUGGAGUCAUCUAUGUGAUCGAUUCAACUGAUGAAGAGCGACUGUCGGAGUCGAAGGAGGCGUUUGAGAAAAUGAUCAGCAGUGAGACGUUGGAGGGUGUUCCUCUGCUGGUUCUGGCCAACAAACAGGACGUACCGAACUGCUUGUCGGUGCCGGACAUUAAAACAGCCUUCAGCGACUGCGCCCCAAAGAUCGGGAAGAGAGACUGUUUAGUUCAGCCUUGUACGGCACUCACAGGCGACGGCGUGAACGAAGGCAUCGAGUGGAUGGUGAAGUGCGUGGUCCGGAACAUCCACCGGCCGCCCAGGCAGAAGGACAUCACAUAAGACGCCCGGGCCUGGCACUCGGACUGGGCCUCCGUGCGGGUCCGGGUCGGGCUGUUUGUGAGUUUCUCCUCCAGGACAUUCCAUGUUAAACCCGGAGCCGCUCGGCCUCCGCCUCCUCCUCCCGUUUGCCGUGACUCCAACUGAUCUGGAUUUCUGCUCUUAGGGGUUCAUCGCAGACUGGAUUUUUUUAGGACUAAACGUAACGUCAGACGUGCUUUGAUCGGACAUCUGUUUGUCCCAGGUGUCCGUCGCUGCGUUUGAAGCGGCGGCGGCGGCGGCGUUGCUCUGUGGUGCGGAGGCUGCUGCGUCGUCCACUGACUGAUCCCUGAUCUGUGAUCAAAGACACGUCAGACACUCGGCUAUGUUUAGCUCAAGACCAACACCAGACUGGAAACUACAUGGUUUAGCAGAAAAGAAACAGAAAAAUUUUACUGUUGACAGACUCUAAAGAAUCACAACAAAUGACCCAUAAUGCAACACUCUCAGAUUAGAUGAUUACAGUUUACACUGAACAAGGAAAAAUAUAGCAGGGCUGAUUUUGUCUUUUUUUUUUCUUUUUUUUUUUUUUUUUUUUAGAUAUGA